GAACUUGGUUUUUAAUGAGGAGAACAUCAAGACCUCGGAUUCCCAGACCCGACAGCAAAAUGCUGUCCGUGUCAUACAGUGGGAGCUUGAAAAGUGUUCUAAGUAGAUAUCACUCAGAAUGGGGGAUAAACCAGAUCCACCAGGUCGAUGUGGUGGAGCUACAGCGCCUUCGAGACGUUAAAGUGGCCGCACACGCCAAGAACAUGGAAGAGUUCCUCAAAAUGCACGGACUGUCUCUGGACGACUGUACUGCCCGGAAAACCGGCAUGAGAUAUAGAAACCUGGGUAAAUCCGGCUUGAGAGUUUCCUGCCUUGGUUUAGGAACAUGGGUGACGUUUGGAGGUCAGAUCACGGAUGAGAUGGCCGAGCAGUUGAUGACGUUGGCGUAUGAGAAUGGGAUAAACCUGUUUGAUACCGCCGAGGUGUAUGCGGCCGGAAAGGCGGAAGUUGUAUUGGGGAAUAUCAUUAAGAAGAAAGGAUGGAGGCGCUCCAGCUUGGUUAUAACGACCAAAAUAUUCUGGGGAGGAAAAGCGGAAACGGAAAGAGGUUUAUCGAGAAAGCAUAUCAUCGAAGGCUUGAAAGCUUCUUUAGAAAGGUUACAGCUGGAUUAUGUGGAUGUCGUCUUUGCUAAUCGUCCGGAUCCAAAUACCCCCAUGGAAGGGGACCCAUUUAGUUCUUCCAGGUCAAGAACAUUCAUCAUAGAAGAGACUGUCCGCGCCAUGACCCACGUAAUUAACCAAGGAAUGGCCAUGUACUGGGGGACGUCGCGCUGGAGCUCUAUGGAAAUAAUGGAAGCCUAUUCGGUCGCACGGCAAUUCAACUUAAUUCCUCCGAUCUGCGAGCAAGCCGAGUAUCACAUGUUUCAGAGAGAGAAAGUAGAAGUCCAGCUGCCGGAGCUUUUCCAUAAAAUCGGUGUGGGAGCCAUGACCUGGUCUCCACUCGCCUGCGGGAUCGUUUCCGGAAAAUACGAUGGCGGAAUCCCACCUUAUUCUCGAGCGUCCUUGAAGGGUUAUCAGUGGCUAAAAGACAAAAUUUUGAGUGAAGAAGGACGGCGACAGCAGGCAAAGUUAAAAGAGCUCCAAGCCAUCGCGGAACGUUUGGGCUGCACCCUCCCGCAGCUGGCUAUCGCCUGGUGUCUGAGGAAUGAAGGGGUCAGCUCGGUCUUACUGGGUGCAUCAAACGCGGAACAACUUCUAGAGAACAUUGGAGCGAUACAGGUUCUUCCAAAGCUGUCAUCUUCCAUUAUUCACGAGAUUGAUAGUAUUUUGGGCAAUAAGCCUUAUAGCAAAAAGGACUAUCGGUCGUAAUGGCGGCUGCAGUUUGGACGGGCCACCACGAUCCUCCUGUCCCGCGGGUCGCCUGCUUUAAAGCUUUACAGAUCAAAGUGGAGCGCGACGGCGUCAAAAAUCCCAAGAAUACAGAAAUAAAUCCACAUAACGUCGGGAGACCGUGCAAAGUAUUAAUGUAAGAACUCAUCCGCUUAACGUGUACAAGUACCCGCCGAUUUGUUUAGCUGCACAAACGUAGUCGGAGGACGCGGUCGCUCGGCCGUUCGUGGAAUACCGUGUGAAAAUGUAACUUCUUCUGUGUUAAAGCUGUCCGUCUCCUCCGGUUCAGGCAUGAGCUGAGCGCUUUCGUUUGCAUCGCUCCUGGCGCAAGAAAUGCGACCGGCCGGGAGAAAAUAAUCCGAUUUUGUGUAUUAACCUUUCUAAAAAAAAAAAAACUGCACAUGCCUUUUCUAAUUUUUAUCUGUGCCUCUAGAACUGGAAUAUCUAUAAUUUUUUAGAAUCGUUUAAUUCAUGCGUCUUUCUAUUUUUGUUCGGAUCUACGAAACUUUUAGCGAAAGGAAAACGUUCCGUGUCUGCGUCCAAAAUCUCCCGGAUUUGUUAAUAAUGUUGCGAGUUCUUGCCUCGCGGCAGCUGUUCUUGAUGUUUCACCUUACAGAU